AGUAAGCAAAAAUCGGAACUCUAAUUGAAAGAUGAGGGACCGACGAACUAAAGUGCGAUGAAACGUUCAAGAAUAUGGAAGAUGACAAACGACUUGUAGCACGACAUGUCGAGUCACAUCUAGCCUACUUUCCGGAGGAAACAAACACGUUUCUCUUCGACAAACUCUGCAAAUUAUCUUCAUCUUGAACGCGCAAUGAAAGGAUCAAUCGUCGCGCACGGUAAUUCGCGCCAAGUGCGUACAAAUGGACGUUAUUUCUCCGCGUUCCGUGUCUACCGUUGCGCAUUUUCGCGCUUUUUUCUCUGUGGAGGCGACUGGAGUGUAACAGUUUUGCGGCUCUGUUAGCACCGGGCACCUGUUGUACGUCAGUAAACGGGGAUAAGUCACGAGUCAGCGCAACGUUAUAUAAAACCAACAGUUGUCUCGAAUGAAGGAUUAGCAGCAAUGUCACAACUCUACUUUCGCAGAAAGGGGAACUUCACAUACAAGGACCGAAUCCCGCUGCGGAUAGUUCGGGCUGAGUCUGAGUUGUCACCUCAGGAGAAGGUCUACCUGUGCGCUGUGGAGAAAGGCGACUACGCCAGUGUCAAACAAGCUCUGAUAGAAGCCGAGAUCUACUUCAAAAUCAACAUAAACUGCAUUGACCCCCUUGGACGGACGGCUCUGCUUAUCGCGAUUGAAAAUGAGAACCUGGAAAUCAUUGAGUUACUGCUCAGUUUCAACGUAUAUGUGGGGGAUGCUAUCUUACACGCCAUCCGUAAGGAAGUGGUGGGGGCUGUGGAGCUGCUUUUGAACCAUAAAAAGCCCAGCAGGGGCAUGCAGGUUCCUCCGAUCCUGCUGGACAAGCAGUUCUCCUAUUUCACACCUGACAUAACACCUAUCAUCUUGGCUGCCCACACCAACAGCUAUGAAAUCAUAAAGAUGCUGGUGCAGAAGGGUGUCUCCAUACCUCAGCCCCACCCGGUGCGAUGCAACUGCAUGGAAUGCGUGUCUAGCUCAGACGUAGACAGCCUGCGACAUUCCCGAUCCCGUCUAAACAUCUACCGGGCCCUGGCAAGCCCCUCACUCAUUUCCCUGUCCAGUGAGGACCCAUUUCUGACCGCCUUCCAGCUCAGCUGGGAGCUUCAAGAGCUCAGUAAAGUGGAAAAUGAAUUUAGGGCGGAGUACGAGGAGCUUUCUCAACAGUGUAAGCUGUUUGCCAAAGAUCUGCUCGACCAAACGCGCAGCUCCAAAGAGCUUGAGCUGAUCCUCAACUACAAGGAUGAUAUAAAUCCCCUAGAGGAUGAAGGGAAUAAUGAUCUUGCAAGGCUGAAACUGGCUAUCAAGUACCAUCAGAAAGAGUUUGUAGCACAGCCAAACUGUCAGCAGCUGCUGGCAUCUCGAUGGUACGAUGAGUUCCCAGGCUGGAGACGUCGCCACUGGGCCAGCAAGUUCAUCACCUGCAUGUUUAUCGGAUUACUCUUCCCUUUCUUUUCCUUGUUCUACCUGGUUGCCCCCAAGAGCCAAUACGGCCUCUUCAUCCGCAAACCCUUCAUUAAGUUUAUAUGCCACACUGCUUCCUACCUGACCUUCCUCUUACUCCUGCUGUUGGCCUCUCAACACGUGGUGUCCCAUUUGCCUAAACAGCAGGGACCGGCACCCAACACUGUGGAAUGGAUGAUCCUACCCUGGGUUUUAGGCUUUGUAUGGGCUGAAAUCAAACAAAUGUGGGAUGGUGGGUUUCAAGAAUACAUUCAUGACUGGUGGAAUCUUAUGGACUUUAUCAUGAAUUCUCUUUACUUGGCUACCAUUUCACUGAAGAUCGUAGCUUACAUUAAGCACUCAGGUGAGGUGGAACGUGUGAACUGGGACAUGUUGCACCCCACAUUGGUGGCAGAGGCCUUGUUUGCCAUAGCUAACAUAUUCAGCUCUCUACGACUGAUUUCGCUCUUCACCGCCAACUCCCACCUCGGACCUCUCCAGAUCUCUCUCGGCCGAAUGCUGCUAGACAUCCUCAAAUUCCUUUUCAUUUACUGCCUGGUUCUGCUUGCCUUCGCGAAUGGGCUCAAUCAGCUGUAUUUUUAUUAUGAUGAACCUGCCUACAUAAGUAGCUGCAAUGACACUUGCAAGGGCAUUCGCUGUUCAACACAGAACAAUGCAUUCACCACGAUGUUUGAAACAUUGCAGUCAUUGUUUUGGUCCAUAUUCGGUCUCGUUUCCCUGUAUGUGACCAAUGUUGGUCCUGAUCACCAGUUCACAGAGUUUGUUGGAGCCACAAUGUUUGGUACCUACAACAUAAUCUCUCUGGUGGUGCUUCUUAAUAUGUUAAUUGCUAUGAUGAACAAUUCCUACCAACACAUUGCCGAUCAUGCUGACAUCGAGUGGAAGUUUGCCAGAACUAAACUUUGGAUGAGCUACUUUGAGGAGGGUGGCACACUUCCAUCUCCAUUUAACAUCAUUCCCAGCCCAAAAUCAUUGUGGUACCUUUUCUGCUGGAUCAGGAGCCAAUGCUUCAAUGUUAAAAUCAGAAAAAGAACUGAAACUUUUGGAUCUCUCGGGGUGCGAGCGGCUGAAAACCUCCGCACAAAUCGACAGUACCAGGAGGUGCUCAGAAACCUUGUUAAGCGGUAUGUAGCAGCAAUGAUCAGGGAUGCUAAGAAAGAGGAGGGGCUAACGGAGGAGAACUUUAAGGAGCUCAAGCAGGACAUCUCAAGUUUCCGUUACGAGGUUAUGGGAAUGAUGAAAGUUACCAAACAUGGUGGGCCGGCCUCAAAACCAACUACAGGAGCCUCAAACCUGGUAUAUCCUGAUAGUUCUCUGAAGGGCAACCCUACUUCAGGUGGAAGUCAACUUAUGGGCAAAAAGAGACUGCAGAGCAUCACCACCACUAUCAUCCAGGAGGGUGGCACCAAAGCCAAUUCUUGGAAUUCUGGAGGAUUUAACAAUCCAGCAGAUAGCUCUGUCCCAAACAGGACUGUUGCCUCAGGACUGUGUCGUCAAAUGAGCAACAGAGGGACAAACAACCCAGGCGAGAUUUACUCUGUGUCAGAGGAAGCUGGAGAGUCGGAGACCGAAGAACACAAUGACGGUGGAGAGGAUGGAAACCCAAAUUGUAAGGCAACAGAGAAUCCAAAUACAGGAACAGAUGUAGAGAGGGAUGACGUGAGAAAUGCUGUGAAGGAGGACGAUGAAGUCUUACGCAAGCGUUGUAUCUGUGACAAAUCGAAUGAGAUAAACAGUGAAUUUGAAGGAUGCAGAUUAUAACGGUAUGUGUGUAACACAUGUUGGGGUUUGCUGUCUGUUGAUGAACAAAUAGACUGCUAUCUGUAAAACCCAGAUGAUCCAUAAAUCUCGCUAUAUCCCAGUAGCAGUCGUGGUAAAGGUCCGGAACCUGGCACUGUGUCAUCCGAUCAUCAAGUAGAGUACUGGAGUCUCAGGGAUGAUUGUCCCCCUUAGGUGAAUACAGGGGUCCAAAGUUGUCAUUCACAUAUACAGUAUAUAUACUCAACCAAGUGUGCAAACCAUCCUGUAGUUUAUCGCUGCUCUGCACUUCUCUCGGCUGACUCGUAUAUGAAGGAGCAAUAGCUGGCCCACUUGCUAGUACUUAAUUCUGCCUUACUCAGUUAGAUUUAGCCAUUUUUGCUAUAUGUUUUGUAUCUGUCAUUAUCGUCACGCAACCUCAUAUCUUGAAUAAACGUUACUAUGCAAAUAUUCACAAAUUUUAGAACAUUUUAGUCAUGUUUUACAACAUUGUGCAUGAGGCACUUGAAUAAUUACAGAAUGAGCGAGCUGAAGACUGAUUUUUAUAAAGAGUUUUCUCUGA